UCUUAGAACGACGGUCCUGCUUCACGACACGAGUUUCAGUCUUCUUUCGGAAACGGGACUCGUGUGAGCUUUGCUGGCUUGACUUUAGUGUCGCGUGGUGAAUUCCUGUAGGAGAGUUGAGUUUGUUGCUGCUGCUGGCUGUAAAAAUAUCUAAUAGGAAUUUUCGGAUACUAUCGUGUGGUGUGCGUGUUUUCGCUGUGCGCUGAUGCGAAGAAGGGAAGACCUUCGCGAAGGGGUGUGACAGGUUACUUUGCAUAAAUGCCGAUGCGGUGUCGCUAUCUACGUCUCGUCGAAAUUCGUUCCGAUUGAUGUAUGGGAUUGUUAGUGGAGUGGCUCAUUUUUGAUAGAGCAGGGUCAGCAUUGUGAUUUGGUGAAAGAAAUUUUUACAAUCUGCUGCUAUUAAAUUUGUUAUCUUGUGAGUAGGGAAAUCCGGUAGGAAAAUUGCGCUCCCCACACUGUGCGGUAUGUGGUUAGAUUAGAAAUUCUAAAGGAAAAAUAAGGAGAAAGUUCCCCGUUGUGUGCUUGUCAGAUCAGUGUAUUGUGAGAGAAGAGCAGGAGCAGAUUACUGCCUCUCCCAAUCUACUUUAGUGUCCAGUAAUUCAUUCAUACCGAUAGAAAUUCGUAUGAUCAAAGUGAUCUUCCGAUUUUUGUGAGUAAAUAGUGUGUGAGCUCGUGUUACUGUUUGUUUGUUGUGUGGUUUCAUUUCGUGUCAUCUUCGAAAAUGGCUCCCGGUGUGUGUAUUCGCAAAUGUCAGCUGCUGUUGAAGAUAGACCUGUCUCGGUGUGGAUUAAAGCCAUUUGCCGCCAGCUUCCACCAACUGCGUCAACAACAGCAUUAUCAACAGCAGCCUCCGUACGAAACAGCAACAACAGCGACGAAUCCCUGGUUUCGAAUAGCGAAAGGAUAUUGCACCUCGAGCAGCACAGAUGAUAGAAAUAGUUCCACCAGUAAUGUCAGUGAAGACGUGACCGUCAAGUACGUGAGGGGCCUGCCGCACAUCACCGUCCCACUGCCAAGUCGCAACGAGCGUUGCCAGUUCACGUUACGGCCCGUAACGCACAACGUUGGCAACUUUCUGGAGAUGCUAAAGGCUGAGGACCGUGGUAUCGACCGGGCGGCGGUGCUCAAUCGGGACGGAGUCCGGAUAGCGGCCUCCUGCUCGGUGGAACAUCUGAUGGACGACGAAUUUUGGUUGCACCUCAACGACAGACAAUACUACGUGAAACCACCGAAACGCGAAAAAAUUACCUCAGAAGAACUAACUAGACUAAGCGAUGUGCAGGCGCUGGUGGCACAGCUCUACGAGGCCCUCAACGUAAGCGAGCACCAAAUCAAGAAGGAGCGAGAAAUGACCAGUAAAUUGGAGGAACUGAACGAUAAGCUGGGUCCACUGGAGGUGAAAAAGAACGAACUCGACCAGAAGGCAGCCCGUCACACCAGUGCCCUCACCUGGGUGGGUCUGGGGUUGAUGUCGGUGCAGUUUGGGGUUCUGGCCCGAUUAACCUGGUGGGAAUACUCCUGGGACAUCAUGGAACCGGUGACUUACUUCGUCACGUACGGCACGGCGAUGGCUGCGUAUGCGUAUUAUGUGCUUACCAAACAGGAAUACGUUCUCCCGGACGUGAAGGACCGCCAGCAUCUGAUAACGCUGCACAAGUCGGCCAAGAAAGCCGGCGUCAAUCUGUCCGAGUAUAACGACAUCAAGCGACAGAUUGCCGAAAUCGAAUACGACCUGCGCCGAUUGCGGGAUCCUUUGUACAUGCACCUGCCGGCUCCCCCACCGAAGAUGGCAACCUACAGUGCCAGCGAGAUCGCCACCUCCAAGAAGCUACUGAAGGAAACGCUGGAAAAGGCUAGCGGAAGUAUCAACAAGCAGGCCGCUGCAAAGAUCACAUCCCUGCUGGAGGGCACUGGGAGCCCCUUCCGGAGCAAAAAAUAAAGUUUCCUAAAGUGUUAACCGAUGUUAACCGGGAUCGAAUCCCGUGUUGCCUACACUCGUAAAGGUGGUCUCCUACAAAACGAAUGUUCCGUUCUCUUCCUCUUCUUCUUCCCUCUGAGAGGCUAUUUUUCAGUAUCUUACUGUUUCUAGCAAUCAAGACUAAUUGUUCCAUUUUUCCUAGCUCCCCGUUUUAUCUUUCUGUCCAACUCUUCCCGACACAAUGACUGUUAACAGUUGAAAAGUUUGUACCGACGAAUCGUUUUUGUAAGUGAGUGAAAAAAAAGAUAUUGUUGGGCGCAUAAAAGAAGAAAAACAAACAACAAUCAUCAAUAUUACUGUUAAGAAUAAAUGAGCCGUAACAAAAUGCAAAUGUGACGAAAAAGCACAACCUUUCACUAUUAAGGAGUGGAAAACUCAAAACUGCAGUUACUGUAGAAAACGAAAAUCGCACAUUUCUACCAAUUAGAAUUAUGCAGAACAAAGAAAAAAAAACAAACUUUACUCAUUUUUACCCAUUGUUGCAACCAUAAAAUUUGCGUUUUUCAAAUUUUUGAUUAAGAUUACUUAAUUAGUUACUGUUAAUUUGAAACGAUGUUCGAUUUAAAAGUGCUUCCACUUACACACAUCCACACGCACACGCACUUUCAUGUUACUAUGAAUGGUUACCAUUAGUUAUCAAAAACCGUACCGAACACAAAUUGCGAUGCAGAAACUCUGUUUCUGCUACCCAGUAUUCCAAUCAGUUAUAGCCGGGACAGCACCCAACUUUUGCCACCGUACGUUAUCGUAACGCUGUUUGGUUGUUGUAUUCGAGCGUUCGCCAGUUCGAUUGUGCAGUACUAGAGUCACGAAACCAGUUACCAUAUAUCCAAAAACAUAGAAUCUCAAUAGUCACCUAAUUUCAACGCUCGAUGUUAUUAUGGAGUAUUUUUUUCGAUUCGGUUUACAUUUUUAUAUUUGCUGUCAGCCUCAAAUUCGGCGAAAAACGUGUGAACGGAUUGUUUUCCUGCAUAUUCUAUUUUAUGUGAUUUAAUAAAAUUAUUGAUUUGA